AGACCGGGAGGCGGACCUAGGGAAAGGGCGUUCGGCGGGCGAGCAGUGGCGGCUGGCGGCGGGGACUCCAAGCACCUUGACCCUGGCGCGAGGCGGCGUCGCGCACGCUUACAGGUGCCCGCGCGGGCCGGCGGCUCGGGCGCCCUCCCGUUGGCCGAGAAGGAGGAGGGGGCCGUGUCGGCGUCCAGCCCCUCGCGCCCAGGAUGGACGUGCCGGCCAGGGUUUCCCGACGAGCGGCGGCGGCGGCGGCCAGGAUGCUUCUGCGUACGGCCCGCGUCCCUCGCGAGUGCUGGUUCCUGCCGACCGCGCUGCUCUGCGCCUACGGCUUCUUCGCAAACCUCCGGCCGUCGGAGCCGUUCCUCACGCCCUACCUGCUGGGGCCGGACAAGAACUUGACCGAGAGACAGGUCUACAAUGAAAUUUAUCCAGUGUGGACAUAUUCUUACCUGCUGCUGCUAUUUCCUGUGUUCCUCGCCACAGACUACCUCCGGUACAAGCCUGUCAUACUGCUUCAGGGACUCAGCCUUAUUGUGACAUGGUUCAUGCUGCUCUAUGCCCAGGGACUGCUGGCCAUUCAGUUCUUGGAAUUCUUCUAUGGCAUUGCCACAGCCACUGAAAUCGCCUACUACUCCUAUAUCUACACUGUGGUGGACCUGGGCAUGUACCAGAAAGUCACAAGCUACUGUAGAAGUGCCACCUUGGUGGGCUUUACAGUGGGCUCCGUCCUAGGGCAGAUCCUCGUCUCUGUGGUGGGCUGGUCACUGUUCAGCUUGAACGUCAUCUCCCUCACCUGCGUUUCUGUGGCUUUUGCUGUGGCCUGGUUUCUGCCUAUGCCACAGAAGAGCCUCUUCUUUCACCACAUUCCUUCUUCCUGUCAUGGAGUGAACGGCCUCAAGGUACAAAACGGUGGCAUCGUUACUGAUACCCCAGCAGCUAACCAUCUUCCUGGAUGGGAGGACAUUGAGUCAAAAAUCCCUCUAAAUUUAGAUGAGCCUCCGGUGGAAGAACCGGAGGAGCCCAAGCCAGACCGGCUGCGGGUGUUCAAAGUCCUGUGGAAUGACUUCUUGAUGUGUUAUUCCUCCCGCCCUCUGCUCUGCUGGUCCGUGUGGUGGGCCCUGUCGACCUGCGGCUAUUUCCAAGUGGUGAACUACGCACAGGGACUGUGGGAGAAGGUGAUGCCUUCUCAGAAUGCUGACAUCUACAAUGGCGGGGUGGAGGCUGUUUCAACCUUGCUGGGUGCUAGUGCUGUGUUUGCAGUUGGCUAUAUAAAGCUCUCGUGGUCGACUUGGGGAGAGAUGACGUUGUUCCUGUGUUCUCUCCUGAUUGCUGCUGCAGUGUACGUCAUGGACACUGUGCAGAGCAUCUGGGCGUGCUAUGCAGCCUAUGUUGUCUUCAGAAUCAUCUACAUGGUACUCAUCACCAUAGCAACUUUUCAGAUUGCUGCAAACCUCAGCAUGGAACGCUACGCCCUUGUGUUCGGUGUGAACACCUUCAUUGCCCUGGCAUUGCAGACCCUGCUCACUCUGAUUGCCGUGGAUGCCAGGGGCCUUGGCUUAUGCAUUACCACUCAGUUCCUGAUUUACGCCAGUUACUUCGCAGCCAUCUCUGUGGUUUUCCUGGCUAAUGGCAUAGUCAGUAUUAUAAAGAAAUGCAGAAAGCAGGAAGAUCCCAGCUCCAGCCCCCAAGCCACCACGUCCUAACGUGCUCCCAAAGUGCUGCUGCUUCCAAGCAAGGAUUCUGCACAGCGGCUGCUUGGAUGUAUUUAAACUCCUUAUGGUUCAGAUAACUAUUUGUGAAUGUAUAUUUCAUGGCUUCAAAGCAGCUACUCAACUAACACCUUGCAUUCUUGGAGUUAGUAUAAUACUGUUAAGAGAAGCCAGACCUGAAGCUUUUUUUUCUUGGAUUGCUUAUGAGCAGUAAUUUAAGAAUGACUUUUUCUAAUUCAAAAAAACCCCACAAAACUUGAUUUUGAAAAACCGAAUAACCAAGCAGCAUGUCUGCUCUUUCCCUGAUUAGCAUGGAGUGUGAUGCUUUUUAGUCACAUUCAUCACUCACCCAGACCUGUAAGCCUGGUGGGACCAGGGCUUCAGAAGCCACAGGAUGGUACAAGCCACGACAGACACGUUCUGUCAGCACUUGCCCCAGCCAACCUCUUUCUGGUUUCAGUGUUACUUGUGCGCAUGUGUGUGUCUGCAGAUGGAAAUCGUUCCUCACUGGCAAUAUCUGCUCGGGUUCAGUGUUCUGUCCUCUAAGGAGUGUUAUGUCUGAUUUUAUUUUAAAAAAUUCACUGUAUGAAUGUUAGUGCUUUGCAUUUUGACCAUUGUGUAUUUUUGGAAACGUUCUUUAGAAGUACAUUUCUACGUAUUCAUAUGCUUCCCAGAGAAGCUCAUUUCAUUACAAAAGGCACAUUUUAAAGCCUGCUGAUAACUGAGGAGGGCUAAUCAGGUAGGUUUGCUCAUCUUUAAUACUUCUGUAUGAAGGACUCUUAAUUGCAACUGAAAAGGUCAUUAUAGGUUAGAGAUACAGGGAACCCAUUUUAUAUUUGCAUACCCUUUUAUUUCCAAAACAAAAUGAACUCUUUUCCUUUGAGACAAUAUCAUUCCCGUAAGCCUCUCGUUGUCUUGGCUUUCUUAUCCAAGAUGAAGAUGUCAGUCGGAACUGGAUUAUUUCACAGCCUUUUUUAUAAACUGAGCCUCUUCUUAAUGGUUGUUCUGGGGUUGGAAGUAGGAUAGACUUGAUGCCUGCGUUUUGGCCCUUAGACAUGCCUUUGUUCCUACAGUUAGAUGAUCUUGAGGGAUACUUAAAAGUAUCUCCUCAUUACUUGAAAGAAUGAUGUUCUAUAUGCUAAUAUUUGUGAGACAUGAAAACGAUUUUAAAGCCAACUUUGUUGUCUUGUUGUGUAGCAAACCUAGGUAGGUGCUUUCAACUAGAGUGUUGACCUUUUUAAGACCGACAGAGCUGAACAGUAUUAUCAAUACUGAGAUUGCAAAACUGAAGCUUGACAAGUGUGUGGAAGACCCUGGCUCAAGUUCCAGCACUGGGAAGACCAAAGUGCAAACCUGCAUGGGACGAGUGAGGCUAAUAGAGGCCAUGCUGUGCGUCUUCCUUUGCAGCUAGGGAAAGGGAAGACCACUAAGGAGAUGGAGAGCUCAGGUCGGAGUAGCAGUCUCCAGCCUUACCUUUUGGUCUCCCUCCUCCCACCGUUCCUUGUUGCUCUAUAGGAUGUUGGUUGCCCAGAAACAAGAAGAAACACUGUGAUUUAGAAGUGUCAUUUGGUUUUUUUUAAAUAACACGUAUUAUGGUACAAUCAGAUUGUUCACAUUACCAAAGCAAUAUAUCCGUGGAAUUCAGUUCACUGUUUGCGGCAACCAAUCUGACCCUUCUUUACCUGUCUCAAUCAAGACUGUAUUCACAGAUUACCACGUGGCCAUAUUUGUAGAAUGCAGAACCCGGUGUGCUGUACUGUGUGCACUUUUAUGAAGAAGUGAAAAUAAUCUGUUGUACUUUUUAUUCAAUCUGUAUAGACUAUAAAGCUAUUUUUAUUAAAAAAAUAUUUUACAGUAUAUUUUC